AUGGAGCCAAAUGAUAAUAUAAACAGCCUUGGCACAGCUACAUCUUUGAAUACAAAUCUGGAAAACAUAAAUGACGAAAGCAUAUUAUCAGGCAGUAACAACUUUUCCAUUGGUCAACACAUAUUUGUCGCCAUGGUAACCCUGGGAAUUAUUCUUCUUUUGGUAACGCAUUUGUCACAGAAAAAAAAAGAUAAAGAAGAACAAAACGCGAAAAAUCAAGAAUCACUCAAAAAAAUAGCACUUGAACAAGGGUUGAUUGAAAAGUCUGAAGAAUUGAAAAAUCGCGCUUGGAAAAAGUGGUUUAUGAAAUUGCAAGUAGACUGGAAAAUUUUCAAUUCAGAUCUGGAAAAUGAUAAACAAAAAUGGCUUGAUGAAAAAUCGUUAAAAUGGAAAGAAUGGCUAAAUUUUAUGGAAAGCAAGUGGACACAUCAUAACGAAAAUAUGGAUACAAAAUUUAAAUCCUAUGUUUUAAAAAAUUCACAAAACUGGGAUGAAAAUAAAUGGGAAAGUUGGAUGAAAAACGAUGGAAAAACAUUUAUGGAAAUGGAUUACAAUAAAUGGAUGCGUGAAAGUCGUUGUCAUUAUGUUACUUGGGUUGUAAAACAAUGGGAGCAAUGGAAAAACGAAAAAAUAUGUACAUGGUUAUUAAAAGAUUGGAGGCGUAACGAAUUUGAAUAUUGGCAAAAAUUUAAAGAUUUAACCUUGCCUGAACCAUUAUCUGAAAGGGCAAAAAAUAAUUGGAAUAAGUGGAAUUUAAGAGUGUCCAAAGAAAAAGAACAGUGGAUAAGAUGGGUCUCUACUAAAUAUAAUUUAUAUGAAAAUAGUGAGUGCCAAAUAUGGAGGAAAUGGAAAGAUGAAAGGAAAACUUUGUUUAAUGAAUGGAUGGAAUCAUUUAUGAACUCGUGGAUAGCAGGAAAAAAAUGGAAUUUGUGGAAUGAGCAGAAACAAAAUGCUUUUUCUUAA